CAAAGGAGAAUAUUAUGAAGUACAUUAGCGACUGCAUGAACUGGUGCCAAGAAAUUUGACCCAAACAAACGCCAUGAGGCGUGACGCUUAUGAGCUAAUUCCAAGUCUAUGCUAUUACGCCCAGUAUAGCAGGAUAACUAUUACACGUUUUGAGUGUACACAAUGACUGACUGAUCUGUCGUGCCGAGAUACCGUCAGCCAUUGCGUGUAGAGUUCCCCCUUCUAUUGAAGUGCAAAUUAGAGUCAACAUGACUGGUGUAGCAGCUGGAGUUACGUAUGUGAUAGGUGUUGAGGCAACAAUCGGUGAUUGUAUCUGAACCUGAGCUUGUCACGGUUUGAAGAAAUAGCCACUUGGCCGUAUGGAGUCGUAUAGUCAUUGUUCAAAGGGAGGUAACUGACGGAGGCGUGGCACGAACGGCACGGUGAUCAGUUCUGUCUGAUCUUAAUCAAGUCAUUACCUUUGGGCCGUUAGUCUUUGAUUAAGGCCAACGGCGAUCUGGCAUUCGCUAAACAUGAUUCGUUGCGGGAACAAGAAAGUACGAGCUCUCCUCUCAGGGAGUCUCUGCGUGUCGUCGCUCUAUACUAUACAGACUCUCCUUCAGCUAAACGUAUUUCACCUGGAGACAUUUAGAAGUAAUUCUUUAGUCUCAUCGCCUGCGAGUUUUAUUGAGGUUGUUAAUAACAGUACGAGAACUUUCAACGGAAUUGUGAGAAAUAAUUCGGAGGCCAAUGUAUAUCGCUGGAAGAACAACAAAUGGGAGCGAAUUCCAGGAUUUUGUUCCAAGCCGGAGAAAUUUUUGGCAACGACUCUGAAAACUUCAAUUGGAAAAAUGAAAAUGUACAUUCACGAUGUGGCCAAAGACAUCCACGUGUCUGGUUCCAUCAAACGGACAGGUCUGUGGGACUCCCCCGGUGUAUACAGUAUGGUUUCCCGCCUGAAACGCCAACCGGGCAUGGGGCUAAUAGACAUCGGGGCACAACUCGGGACAUUUUCCUUGGUCGCCGCCAUGAUGGGCAGAGAUGUGGUUUCAGUUGACCCGCUGGUGGAGAACGUUUUAAGAUUGUGCAAAACUGUCCAGGAGGGACACAUAACGUCCAGGGUAACAAUUCUAUUCUCAGCGCUCUCCGCAAAACGAAAAAUCGUAACGUUCCAAAGACUACCGAACAAUAUCGGGGGCACACACAUAUCCGACGUACUCAAACCAAACAUUGAUGUCAAUAUGGAUGAUGACUACAACAAAAAUUAUGUCAACACCGUCCUGUUCGAUGACAUUCUUCCAUUCGUCAACUUCUCCAAAGCUUUUAUAAAAAUUGACGUUGAGGGUCAUGAGUAUGAAGCCUUGAAAGAAGCGAGAAAGUUCUUCGCGAAUAUUGACGUUUUCGGAAUUCUGAUGGAAUGGUUUCAAAUCCGGACAAAUAAGCGAGGCUUCCAGGUGAAAGAGCUGAUGUCUAGUUUAAACUUCAGAGCCGAAGACCCAAUGCUCAGAGGGCGUCUUGACCAGUCUAAGCCAGCGUCAUGGCCGAGUGAUAUUCUGUGGUUGAAAAAGGAUGCAUUUGCUGCACGGCCAACAAUAUAACAACAUUUGCGCGUGUGGUUCUUAUGCAUGUGUUAUAUUCGGGUCGAUUCGGCUUAUUCCGUGACCAACACAAUACGUUUGGAUGCAAUCAGGGUGAUAUUUCAUGAAUUCACUGAAAUCCGCGUAGCGCCAUCUCCCGCUGCGUAAAGUACGCAUAACAAGACGGCCGAUCCUGAGACAUUCGUGUGAAGGUCUCAAGGGUGUGGUUGCUACAUGAACUAGUAAAUCCAUUUCCAAUAUGGAUUCCUUCUAAUGCUGUCCGAGAUGACCUAUUUGGUGGAGAUGAUCCGAAUGACGUUCGUAUAUGGUACAACGCUUUCAUCAAUCUAAACCGGGAAAUAGCACCGACUGUGUAAGAUUAAUCCUUACAGACACUACAAAGGCAGCCAAUGAGAAUUAUGUAGUUUAGUGGCUGUCUGCUCGUAGAUUCCCGGAUGUUUGAAGAAAAGGAAUUGGUUUUGGAUGUCAUAAAACAUCAGGAAAAUAAAAACGAACAGAAGAUGUACGGGUGUGGGAACGAUUGGCGUUCUUCACCGCAAAUUACGUUUUCAGAUUUUGUAAAGGAGGUACUGAAUAUGUGAGAUGGAUUCUUCUUUUAACCAAAGUACUGUGUGAUGUUUGUGUGAGAAUUUUCUACUGAUUCCAGAGGGCGCUAGAACGACGUUUGAAACAACUGCUGGUCUGUUUUCCCGUCCAAUUGAUAUUUCAACGAACCAAUUUUCUUUAAAAGUUUUCUAUUCAAUGUGUUUUAUAUAUUACAAGGUGUAAUCAUUGCUAACGCUAUAAAACAUAAAACGAUAA